AUGGCUGCUCCCGAGGUUCACCACCUGUUUCAUAACCCGAUUGCCGACCACUGCUUCUCGACAGACCACGGCGUCCUGGCCGUCGCUCGAGACACGGCCGUCGAGCUCUACGGCAAGGUCGGAAAUGCCUUCAAGCUCAAGGAUGAGCUGAAGGGUCACGACAAGAUGGUGACGAGCGUUGACAUCGCACCCGGCAGCGGCCGCAUCGUUACGUGCUCCCAGGACCGCAACGCCAUCGUCUGGGAGCCGUCUCCCACCGGCUACAAGCCAACCCUGGUGCUUCUGCGCAUCAGCCGGGCGGCGACGUACGUUCGAUGGUCGCCGUCCGAGACCAAGUUUGCCGUCGGCUCGGGCGAUCGCGUCAUCGCCGUCUGCUACUUUGAGGAGGAAAACGACUGGUGGGUGUCGAAACACCUAAAGAAGCCGAUCCGCAGCACCAUCACCAGCGUCGCCUGGCACCCCAACUCCGUCCUCCUCGCCGCCGGCUCGACCGACGCCCACGCUCGAGUCUUCUCCAGCUUCAUCAAGGGCAUCGACAGCAAGCCGGAGCCCAGCGUGUGGGGUGAACGGCUCCCCUUCAACACCGUCUGCGGCGAGUACCUGAACAACUCGGCCGGCUGGGUUCACUCCGUCGCCUUUUCGCCCGGCGGAGACAGCCUCGCGUUCGCCGCCCACGACAGCAGCAUCACCGUCGUCUACCCUAGCGCUCCGGAGCAGCCGCCAAGGGCGGUCCUGACCGUCUCGACGCAGCUUCUGCCCUUCAAGAGCCUGCUCUGGAAGAGCGAGAGCAAGAUCAUCGCCGCCGGCUACGAUUGCGAGGCCUUUCGUUUCCAGGGCGGGGAGUCCGGCUGGCAACUCGUGGCGCCGGUCGAUGCCAAGGACGCCCACGGCGCCGGCCAGCAGCGUGAAGAGUCGGCCCUCAACAUGUUCAGGCAGAUGGACCUCAAAGGCAAGCUCAAGGAUGACACGCAGCUGAAGACUACGCAUCAGAACACCAUCACGACGAUUCGUCCCUACGAGUCGUCCGGCGGUCGCGUCACCAAGUUUACCUCAAGCGGCGUCGACGGCAGGGUUGUCAUCUGGAACGCAUAG